AUACCGACAGAACUCGGGUGUUUUAUAAGCGGUUGAAUGUGCAGUGUUAGCAACACUUAAACAUGGAGAUGCGUGUUCUAAUUGGUGCCUUGCUCGCCUGCACCGUAGCUGGGCUGCCGGUGAAAGAGGAGGUGCUUCCAGACGAUAUUUUUACUCCGCUGGAUUACGCAUUAUUUAAAGAUAAAGUUGCGUACGUGUACGACGACAACGAGAAUUUGGUGAAGCUGACGUUGGACGACGUCGAGGAGCACAUAGAUGACAGCGAAGUUCCAAAGCGUGUCUUUUUCUAUCUGCAUAAAAAAGACAAUCCUACCGAUCCGAAGCAGCUCUACGUCGACGACGAGGAUGCUCUGAAGAACAGCAACUUCGAUCCCACAAAACCAACGCGUUUUGUCACUCAUGGAUGGAUGAAUUCUCGCGACAGCGUAGCGUGCACGUUAGUUCGCGACGCUUAUCUUCAGUACGACAAUUACAACGUCAUCGUCGUCGACUGGAGUUCUAUAAGUAUCAGGCCCUAUAUUUGGGCUAGCAGGCGUGUCAUGCUAGUCGGUCGAUUCGUCGCCACUAUGAUCAAUUUUCUCGUAAAGCACGGAAUGGAUUCGUCGCAAACCGUCCUGGUCGGCCACUCUCUUGGUGCCCAUGUAGUUGGAAUCGCUGCUCGUAGCGCUAACAGCGAUAUCAGUUAUGUCGUGGGGCUAGAUCCAGCUUUGCCCGGCUUCAGUCUGGCCGGUCCAGGGUCCAGGAUAUCCAGCGGCGAUGCAAAGUACGUGGAGAUCAUUCAUACUAACGGCGGUCUCCUCGGUUUCUUGGCGGCUAUCGGAGACGUCGACUUUUAUCCCAACGGCGGUCAAAGGCAGCUCGGCUGCGUGGUGGAUGUCGGCGGCGCGUGUUCCCAUGCUCGCUCGUACAGGUUCUUCGCUGAGUCUAUCAACAGCGCGGUAGGGUUCCACGGGAGAAGCUGCAGCAGCUAUCUCCGAUUUAAGCUGGGCCUGUGCAACGGCUCGCAAACGUCCAUCAUGGGCGGCCACAAGCCGCUCCUCAGCGCACGCGGCAACUACUACCUGAUGACCAAUCCGUCGUUCCCGUACGCGAGCGGGCCGCUCGCGAGGCGACGCUGAUGAGCGCCGCGCGAUCCGGAAGGAUCGGACCCCCGGCUGACAAUCAGCCGUCAGCGAAGAUUCUGGAUUUGGAAAUUCAUCGCGGAACAGGAAGGAGAGAUCCGCGCCUGGGCUAAACUCGUUUUUCCCGGCAAUCGAUCGGGCGCGUUCACGGUGCGUAAUUUCGUUUCCGCCCGCAGCGGCUGUUUCGAGCGCGAGUAUUGCAGCUCUCGUACCGGGGGGCAUUUUUAUAUCGUCUAAGCCGGGGACUACAAAUCGUCGGACCACCGGGAAUCGUAGGUGGUAUUUAUCGAAGAAACAGGCUGAGGUAUCGCCGCUGUCGUGCGACGAUUCGCUUUGCCGUCGACCUAAUUACCGGCGUAAGCGCAAGCAGCGCGUAUUUUGCGAAAUAUGUCUCGUGCGACGUAAAAUGCAUCAUAACGUUCUAUUGGAAAUGCAAAAUAGGGUAGGACACGCCCCGGUGUUCUCUAAACGCGAGUCCAAUGCACGUAUCAAAUUCUCCGCCGUUGUCCAUUUAUUUUUUCCUCGCAGCGACUCGCAACGCUUCGGUGCGUACACGCGUGCAAACAUCCACCGAGACGAGCGGCCUCUCCAAACGCGAAUCGCCCGGACCAGCCCGUGAUCUCAGUCGCGUUGCAUUAAAUUUUAUCGUAAUACAUCUCGUGUAUAUCGCGCGUAACAACAAAGAUAAUAAAGGCGAUGCGGAAAACAGUCGGAUGCAACCGUACGCUGAAUUUUAGGCUCCGGGCUGUUUCGUGUAAACAGACGUAGAUAUUUAUCAUUUUGACAUAAUGCGCGAGAUGAAGUUUUGAAAAGGAAGAUAAACGCGAUUUCGCAAAAUAAGGGAGACCGAAACGAGAGUUAUCUUCGCCGAUUACAGUGUAGAUGCGAACGACGUCAAUCGCGGGAGCGUCUGAUCCUCAGGACAUAGUCGCGUAUUGUGUCAGAAAUAUUCCGCAUUCCAGAUCUAGGAUGCUUGAAAAUGUACAGACAUUUUCAUGAUAUUAUGCAAUGAAAUGUGAUAAAAUUUAUACUUGUUUAUGACAGAGCACUGAUGUACAAAUAUCAUUACUAUACUUUUGCAAAGAAUCAA